CUUUUCUGCACUACCAGCAGCCCUUUAUAUAGAAUCAAUCUCUCUUUGCCCGCCAACUUAAAAAAAACAAAAAACAAACACUCUUCCUUCCUUCUAAUCUACUCAUUUAGAUCUGAUCUUCUUCUUCUUCUUCUUUGCUUCUUCCUUGUCCUUUCACAUUCUUUGUUGUCGUUUUCUUCUCUGCUUGUUUUGAAUGGCCUCUGCCAUUCUCUAAACUACAAGUAGUAGAGAGGUUAUGGAUAAAAUAAGGAGGGAAAAAACUGCUGCUGCAAUGGGGAGUGGGAGUGUUAGUGGUAGAGGCAAGGUUGUUUUGAGGGUUUUUGUUGGAGCUCUUUUUCUUCUUGGUACGUUUUGGUUUCUCUUAGUUGGGAUUAUAUCAAAUCAUCAUGUUCAUGCCACCAAAACGGUGAGCAUUGGAAGUGUUUCAUCUUCAACUGAAAUGUUAAAGCAUUGGAAGUGGAAUGGAAGAGACAGAACCUCUCUUCAUUGGGACACUAAUCUCAUUUACGUCAGCAAGAGAAGAGUGCCUAAUGGUCCUGAUCCCAUUCAUAACAGGAGAGUAGUGACGACUAGACAACCACCUGGCCGAGUCUAAAAUGCCAGGCACUUACAUGUUGAAGCAUCAAAACUUUUGUGAUAAACAAUCAAGAAUUAUAAGAAGAGUGGAAGCUGGGAUCUUCUCCACUUUAUGAGUUUUCAUUUGGGUUCUGAGUGAAAAUAUAUUUCAAUACUUAUAAUAUAUAAUUUUAUAUAUAUAUAUAUGCAAUUAUAGUUUUAGUAAGUAAUCUAUUGUGCGAGUUUUAGGAUGAUGUAGAGGUUUUAGUGGAGUGAUUACUUAAUGAAAAUCAAAGCUUAUUGUUAUUAUAAUUAUAUUUGUUACAGUGAGUACCGGUGAGUGCAUGAAUUGUAGAAACUCAUUGUAAAGGGGCCGAGUGUCUCUGAUUCUCUGAGACAAAAUAAUAAACACACACAUUCAAA